UUUUUCCUUUUGCACGAUCACGCGCGUGUUUGGUCGGUAAGGAGUUCCGAAAUUCGGUGCAACAUGGAGAACAAGCGAAGACGUUAAGGGUGAAAGUGAAAAGUUGGAGAAUAAAAGCGCAAAAGAAAAAGAAACGCCGAGUUUGGAGGAUCGUUAUGUCCCGUUAGGAGAUUUAUUAACGCGCGAGCCGAACAGAACUGUGGAGUUUGGAGUUUAUUUCUUCUUCUCGGUAUUCUUCGGUUCUCUCUCUCCCUCUCUUUUUAUCCAUCUUUUGGUGUGCAUGGGUCGUCGGUAAGAUCGCGCGCUCCGCGGGAUGGGAGCGAGCCAGGGCAAGCAGAGCGGGAGUGAAGGGAAGGGCAGUUCCAGCAUUUCCUCCGACCUGAGUUCAAGUACGGAUCAGACGUCGACCAAAGCUCCGAAGAAUGUGGCUACCAGUGAAGACUCGGACGUGAGCAUGCGCACUCUGAGUACGCCCAGUCCUGCUCUCAUCCUUCCUCGUUCUUCACCUGCCCUCUUCAAUGGCUCCUCGUUGUCCUUCGCUCCUGAGACUGUUGGUCUCACUUAUCCUCAGCGUGGCAUGUGCCAAUCCAAAGACCAUCAUCAGGGGGCACCCAUCGACAUGCUGCCUGACCACGCCUUUCUGCAGAUCUUCGCCCAUCUGCCCACCAACCAGCUGUGUCGUUGCGCCCGCGUAUGCCGCCGAUGGUACAACCUGGCAUGGGACCCACGGCUCUGGAGGACAGUGCGUCUGACGGGUGAUGUGGCACAUGUGGACCGGGCGUUGCGGGUGCUUACGCGUCGUCUAUGUCAGGACACACCCAACGUAUGUUUAACCGUGGAGAUGGUGGUGUUGAAUGGCUGUCGCAGACUUACCGACCGUGGCCUUUACACGGUGGCACAGUGCUGCCCCGAGCUGCGGCGCCUCGACCUCGCCGGCUGCUACAAUGUGUCCAAUGAGGCUGUAUUCGAGGUGGUCUCACGAUGCCCUAACCUGGAACACCUGGAUGUCUCAGGAUGCUCGAAGGUGACGUGCAUCAGUCUGACGCGGGAAGCGUCCAUCAAACUCUCUCCUCUGCACGGCCAGCAGAUCUCCAUCCGCUACCUGGACAUGAGCGAUUGCUUUGCGCUGGAGGAUGAGGGUCUGCACAUCAUCGCGGCUCACUGCACGCAGCUCACGCACCUGUACCUGCGCCGCUGCGUGCGCCUGACCGACGAGGGUCUGCGCUUCCUCGUCAUCUACUGCCCGGCGGUGCGUGAGCUGAGCGUUAGUGACUGCCGCUUCAUCAGCGACUUCGGGCUGCGAGAGAUCGCCAAGCUGGAGGGUCACCUGCGCUACCUGAGCAUAGCGCACUGUGGCCGCAUCACUGACGUAGGAGUGCGCUACAUCGCUAAGUACUGCUCCAGGCUACGUUAUCUGAAUGCCCGAGGCUGCGAGGGCCUCACGGACCACGGCAUCGAGCACCUGGCCAAGAGCUGUCCCAAGCUCAAGAGCCUGGACAUCGGCAAGUGCCCACUGGUGUCGGAUGCCGGGCUGGAAGUGCUCGCGCUCAACUGCUUCAAUCUGAAGCGCCUGAGCCUGAAGGCGUGCGAGAGCAUCACGGGCCGCGGGCUGCAAGUGGUGGCGGCCAACUGUUUCGACCUGCAGCUGCUUAACGUGCAGGACUGCGAUGUGUCUCUCGAGGCGCUGCGCUUCGUCAAGCGCCACUGCAAGCGCUGCAUCAUCGAACACACCAACCCCGCCUUCUUCUGAAAGCUACAACGAAAUAGACAGUCUGAUACACAAGAACAUGUCAGUUUCUUUUUUAAAGAGUCCAUUCGGCUGCAGCUACGAUGACAAUCUCAUACGCAUAAUGCUAACAAGCUCUGUUUCUAUUCAUUGUUAGCAAUUCUAGCACUUUUGGGUUGUAUUCCAGUACGUGAGGUCUCUAUACAUUAAGAGAACGUCACAAUCCACAUGACAGCGUAGUAAAAAUGUAUUUACAACUAAGUGCCAAAGAUCGAUCUGAUCAUCUUGAUUACUGUCAUUACAGAUCUCCAAGUUCUCUGGAUUGAAUAUUAAUUGUGUCCUUGUUGUUGAGACGAAAUUAGCUUAAUGUAUCCAGACCUUAAAGAAAGAGAUUAUAUAUGCAAAGUUUCCUCCUGACCUCAAAUGCAGUCCAUCAGUGAAGAUAUGUUUGAUUUCUGGUAUUCAGUUUUGCACUGGAACUAUUAGGCUAAAGUAGCUAACGAAUUCAUCUAUCUAGCUAACGAAUUGUCUGCGUAAAACCUCAUCCAGAUGUUGAGUUGUGUCGCAGAGUUGCUGUUGUGGUUUAGGACACAAUUGGACUAUAAGCAAAAAUUCACUGUGUGGCUGAAUUCUGGAAACAGCGACGGCCAUUUUGUUAUCAUUUGGUCCUCAAAGCCCCGCCUCUGAAAGUUUGAAGACAGAAUUAGAGCAGAAAGCUAGAUGUUAGGCAGGUUAAAACGUCUAAAUUCCCUACUGGUUUACACAUGUAUUUAUUUAACAUUAGUGGAAAAGAUUUGAGUAUAUUCUUCGACAUAUUAACCUCAUAGCUUCAGUACAAAACACCAAACAUAUCUUGCCACAUCGACGACAUUUACCGAAGGAGGAAACUGAAAUUGGGUACAGUUCGAUUUUUCAUGGUUUUUUUUUUACACUCUCAACACAUUUUAUAUGACUGUUUUGUUUUUAAACCAAGGACUCGUUUUUAUGUGUUUAACCCAUAUUUAUGCUUCAUCUGUAUUUUCUCAUACUUUCCCCCUACACGUGUUUAAUUAUAUUACAGCGAUCAUGUACAGAAGUGUAUUUUCUCUUUUUGGAAAGGGAAUGAAUUUGUAAGGGAAUGAACAAUCAGACAUGCAGUUUCCCUUUGAGACACAGAAGCAUAAUUUAAGCAAUAAUCCAUGAAGCUGAUCCGGUAGUCUACGGUUUAAUAUUACACACUGUUCACACACAUUUGUGCUGAAUACUCGCUCUGUUAGGUUUGUUAUUUAACGAUGCAUACGCAGAUCCGACAUGAUGCACGUUUCAUUAAACUUAAUAUCGCUGAAGAGAUAGCAGUAUUACACGACAACGACAUUGAAGUAUGAACGUAUGACAGUCUAUUAGUGACAGAUUCAAUAUUUGGAUUAUUUGGAUUAUUUCCUUUCCCUGUUCCAGAUAACAAGUAGACAUGUACCAGUAUUCCACUUCAUAUCACAAUAAUGGAUUUUUAUAACAAAGCUUUUAGAAGCGUUUCCCAGUUCCCAGCAUUUGAUCAGUUGCUCCUUGACAUUGCGGCUGUUUGACUACCAGUGAACCUGUAAUUCACCACAGUGCCAUUUUCACCACGUAAUAACAGUCAGAAUGUUUGUUUCAGGUGCGAACAUAACGGUGAAAUAAAGAUAUCAAAGCCAUAUUAAAAAAAAACAAUCAUGUUUCUUUGUGUCUUUCAUGUCUUUCUUUUUUUGCAUAUACAGUCAGGUCUAUAAAUAUUUGACGCUGACGAAGUUAUCGUUAUUUGUAGCUGUCUACAACAGGAUAUUAUAACAAUUAAAUAAUGAAUAUGAGCUCAAAGUGCAGACUUUCAGCAAUAAUCUGAGGGAAUUUACAUCCAAAUCAAGUGAACAGUGUAGGAAUUACAGCACUUUUUAUAUGCAGGCAAAAGUAAUUUGACGAACUAAUGUAAUCAUAAAUUGUCAUUUUUAAUACUUGGUUGCAAGUCGUUUGCAGUCAGUGCCUGAAGUCUGGAACUCACAGACAUCACCAGACACUGGGUUUGUUUCCUGGUGAAGCUCUGCCAGGUCUUUACUGCAGCUGUCUUCACUUCCUGCUCAUUCUUGAGAUGUCUUGUCUUCAGUUUUGUCUUCAGCAAGUGCAAUGCAGCUCAGUUGGAUUCAGCUCAGGUGAAUGACUUGACCGUUGCAGAACAUACCACUUCUUUGCCUUAAAAAGUCUUGGGUUGUUUUUAAAGUAAGCUUCAGGACAUUAUUGUCCAUCUGCACUGUGAAGCGCAGCUUGGUGGGUUUUGAAGCAUUUGGCUGAAUUUGGCUGAAACCGUAUGAUGAGGUGGUACAUUUCAGAUCAUGAGCAGUUUCUCUCUUUCUCCAUACUCUUCUCUUCACAUCAUUCUGCUACAAGUUGAUCUUUGUCUCAUCUGUCCAGUAGAUGUUGUUCCAUAAGCUUUUUUUUUUUUUUUUAGCAAACUCUUUUUGUGGCUUACUGAGGUGUACAUCUUGUGGUAAACCGUCUGUAUUUACUCAGGUGAAGCCUUCUCUUGAUUUUUGACUUUGACACAGAUACAUCAACCUCCAGGAGCGUGUUUGUAAUCUCACCAGCUGUUGUGAAAGAGUUUUUCUCCACCAGUGAAAGAAUUCUUCUGUCAUCCUCCAUGGUUGUUUUCCAUGGUCUUCCAUCCCUUUUGGUAUUUCUGACCUCACCUGUGCAUUCUUUCCUUUUUAGAAUGUACCAAAUGGCUGAUUUGGCCACGCCUAAUGUUUCUGCUAUAUCUCUGAACUCCAGGAUAUUGUAGUAGACCGCUAAAAUAACAAUAACUUUGUCAAU